AAGCUGAAAAAAAUCAAACCAAAGACCUUACGUGUGCAACACAUUUGUUAAGUGAGAAAUUCAGAAACAUAAGCGAGGAGAAGAAAACACUUGUUAGGGAUUUGAGAUUUGGUGGCCUGAUGCACAUCCCGUCGCUAAGGGUGCAUCACCAAAUAUUAAGGGAGUUGGCUAACUCCUUCAAAUUAGGAGAAAAUAGACUAGAAACCGGCUACGGUUCAUUUAAAGUAAGACAAAAAAUAAUAGGGGCUGCGCUUGGCAUCAACGCGUCAGGAGAUCUAUUUCCUCAGAAAGUCAAUUAUAAAGAUCUUUCUGAAGAUGACAAACAAAUUUUUAGAAGAUUCCAGGGUAAGACCCUCAAAAAUCUGACAGAUGAGAUGAUGGCUAUUGCCGUUGAUAAUGAACAGGAUCGCCUCAUGUUCAAGAGGAUUUUCAUCCUCUAUAUACAGAUGGCGUUCCUGUUACCAACGACAAUAAACAAAAUCUCACCUGUGCACCUGGCCCCAAUUUUCGAGAUGGACACAAUAACAUAACGGAACUGGGAAGGACAUGUUUUGAGUUUUAUCAUAAAGGGUAUAACAGAUUACAAGCUAAAAAAGAAAAAGGCAGUUGAUGGUUGCCUCUUUGCCCUGAUGAUAAUUUACUUUCAUCUAUCAAAAAAUAAAGACAAAAAGAGGGCAGAAAGACCUCUAGAACCCUGGAUUGCCAACUGGACUAAGGAGCAGUUGGUUGAAAAAAUAAGGGCAGAAAUG